GGCCGUUCCUGGUUCGAUCCCCACCUUCUACCAACCUAGUCACGUCCGUUGUGUCCUUGAGCAAGGCACUUCACCCUUGCUCCUGAUGGGUCGUGGUUAGGGCCUUGCAUGGCAGCUCCCACCAGCAGUUUGUGAAUGUGUGUGUGAAUGGGUGAAUGUGGAAAUUGUGUCAAAGCGCCUUGAAGGUAGAACAGCGCUAUACAAUUAUAACCCAUUUACCGUUUAUUCACAAUAGUAAUGGUGGUAAUCUGCAUGUAUUAGUAGUAGUGAUAAUUUAUCGUCGUUAUAAUUUACUAAUAAAAGUAAUGUUUGUAACCUAAAUAUAUUGGUAGUACUUAUUAUCAUCGAUAUUUAUUCAUCAUUAUUUAAGUACUUAAGUUUUAUAUCGAUUUAAAAAAAUCAUGCAGUAGUAGUGAUACAAUUUAUCAGCAAUAGUAAGUAUAAGCAUUGUACCGUUGUGAGCGACUCUCGUAGUCCACGAAAAACCAUCAUGUGUGUUCGGGACUUAUCGGAAAUAUUCGGCGAGGUCAAGUGGAGGAAAUGCCGCCCAUAUUAGGAAAUGUUCCCCGGUGCAGUCAGCUGGACUCCACAGCAGCGUAGCGCUCACUCGCACGGAGCUCCUUUUUUCUACAACUACUCACUUGGUAAAUUUAAUAACAUUUAUCUUAUUAAUCCGCCAUCAUGGCCCAGGCCAAAAUACAAGCCAAACUCAACGAAGCGACCUGCAGCAAGUUCAACAGAACUUUGUCCAUGGCGGACCGGGCUGGACAACUUUUGGCUAAUUUGGAUCAGCUGGAGUUGAGGGUGGAGGCUUUGCGGGACGCAGCCUCGGCCAUGGAGCAGGAAAGGGAGUGCAUCCUGGAAAUGAUUCAAUCCUUACAGAACAGUCAAGAAAUGCACAACAUCAGUGCCGGUGAGAAAGAAGAGUUAACGCUGACCGCCGACCGCCUGAUGGGCCGCACGUUAUCGGUGGAGAUCAACGUGGGGACCACCAGGAGCAGCCAGCAGAAGGAGGCCUUGCAGAACGCCACGUCCAUCAUCGACGACAUCGUCCAGAAGCUCCUGGUGGACAUGGCGGGCUCCAGGCUGCGGCUGCUGGCCCUGUACUCGGCCUGCGUGACCGAGGCGCCGCCCGUGCCCGUGGACCAGAAGUUUCAGGCCGUGGUGAUCAGCUGCGCUAUGGAGGACCAGAAGAAGAUCAAGAGAAGGCUGGAGACGCUGCUGAGGAAUGUUGAAAACGCAGAGAAGAAUAUUAAGAUCAUGGAUCACCAGAAGGUAGAGGAUCCAAAAGUCAAUGGCAGUCAAUAAAUAGACGGUCAUCUGUGUACGUUUUUUACCUUGGGGCCAAAAAUCUAGCAUGAAGAAGUGACCUAACUAUAUGUUCCCUUUUUAGCAACCCAUGACUCACUUUUAAGUCCUUUGAAAUACCUCAAUGCACGAAAACACAUUCAACUGAAGCUCAUAUUUGCAUGAAGAUGUUUUUAAUAUGCACGUGUGCA